UUAUGUGAAAACACAAUUCCGUACAAGUAUUACGUUAUGUCAUAUUGAUUGUGAAUUAUUGUAAAUAAUAGCAAUAGAAUCCUAAUAAAUUAUAAAAUGAUUUGCCGCGAAAUGAGAUUGAAUGGUUUUCCGUCUAAAGUUUUUUCAUGUCCAUCUGUGCGGAAGAUUUUUGUCAACAUUCGCCCGUUAAAUGAAUUCGAUAGCAGCGCUAUUGACGAACACGAUUUGGAUCAGGCCGAGAAAAACAUUUUAUUACGGAGACGUGAGAAUAAUAUACCGACUAUUCGUAAUAUAUUGAAGCGAUUGGAAUUAAAUAAAACAAGUAGUGAGGAUGUAGAUAAACUUAAAAAUGAACUGCUCAAGUUGCCCAACGAUACGCAUCCAAGAUUGUGGACUUAUGAAAAUCGGCCAAAGGAGACAUUACUUUGCGAUCAAAGUAAAAUUGCCACCAAAUCUGUCGAAUUCUCACAAGUCUGCAAAUUCAAUAAUAUGCUACGUAUGCAUCAACUGGGCAACUAUACGGGACAAAAGAGUUAUUAUCUAUUUGGAAAAUUGGCUGAAUUGGAACAAGCAUUGAUUCGAUACGCAUUAUCUAUUUUAAAGCAAAAACAAUUUCGUUUAUUAGCUGUUCCCGAUAUAUUACCAAAACACAUAAUUGAAGGAUGCGGCAUGCCCACCGAUGGCGAUAGGAAUCAGGUUUACAAAUUGGAUUCGGGAGAUUGUUUAUCUGGCACAUCGGAAAUGUCUUUGGCUGGUUAUUAUUCAAAUAAAUUAUUAAAAGAAAAUAAUUUACCGAUUAAGGUGGCCGCGGUAAGUCGCUGUUACCGAGCAGAAACGUCCGGCUUGCAAGAGGAAAAAGGCAUAUAUAGAGUUCAUCAAUUUACCAAAGUGGAAAUGUUCUCGAUUUGUUCCGAGCUUGAGUCACAUGAUAUGUUAGAACAUUUUAAGGAUAUCGAGAUUGAUAUAUUCAAAAAUCUCAAUUUGCAUUUGCGUUUAUUGGAUAUGCCGCCAACAGAAUUGGGUGCAUCGGCUUAUGAGAAAUAUGACCUUGAAGCUUGGAUGCCAGGCAGACAAAUGUGGGGUGAAAUAUCAAGUUGCAGUAACUGUACCGAUUAUCAAGCAAAACGGCUAAAUAUAAAAUACAUUACAAACGAAGGUCAAAAUAAAUGGGUUAAUACAAUUAACGGUACAGCUACUGCAAUUCCACGACUACUUAUAGCCCUAUUGGAAUCCAAUCAGAAAGGCAAAUAUGUAUUGGUUCCAGACGUUUUAAAGGAUUAUUUAAAUACAUCGAUCUUAACGAAAGAGAAAUUAAUCCCUGAAGUGAAAUUGGUUAAGCAAAUUAAAUCCAAGGAAUGAAUCUUAAAGCAAAUAUAUGAUGAAUCUUUUACAGCCAGCCAAACCUCAUCUUCCUAACAUUUCAUUCGGAAUCUCUCUCAAAUAUUUGACAGAUAAAUAAAUACUCUAAUGAGUCCUAUACAUGAUACCAGAAUCGUUUUUCGUGUGAAUAUAAAUGUGGGCGGAAUGCCAGGAUCAAUGCACUCUUUGUUUUGUGAAAGCGUGUAACACAGAAAAUCGCUACAUUUUUCCUUCUAUUAUCGCUUAUUCGUUGAAUUUUUUAUAUAAACAAUAGAAAGAUCUUAUUAAAAUUUAUUUGUUUUUCAGAAAAAGUUUCGGAAUCGAGCUUUAAAAAUUAUUUAAAUGUGAAUAGACAUAGAUGCACGAUACAUAAUU